AUGCCUGCAAGCCUGCUACACACAAUUAAGUCCGGCAAUGGGGUCAACACCACAACGGGUGCCUACGCAGCCUUUACAAGACAUCGCGGCCAAUGCCUCUCAACGCCGCGCCGCGGCCGCGCCGCUGCUCGAGGCCGGUCUGCAACAUCACGAACUGCUUCAACAGCGUCACCGGCUGCGUCAACGGCAUCACAGGCUGCGUCUGCCUCGGCCUCGCAAGACGAGGUUAUCCCGGCCACGUAG